GAGCGACUGUAGCAACGCCGAUAUGGCCAAAGCAACGACAAUUAAAGAGGCUCUUGCCAAAUGGGAGGAAAAGAAUGGACAGAAAGCUUCAGAAGCUAAGGAGGUGAAGCUGUACGCCCAAAUCCCACCAAUAGAAAAGAUGGACGCCUCAUUAUCCACAUUAGUUAAUUGCGAGAAGUUAUCUCUUUCCACAAACUGCAUUGAAAAAAUUGCUAACUUAAAUGGGCUGAAGAAUCUCAGGAUCCUGUCUUUAGGAAGGAACAACAUUAAGAAUUUAAAUGGGCUGGAAGCAGUUGGGGACACUUUGGAAGAAUUAUGGAUCUCUUACAAUUUGAUUGAAAAGCUAAGAGGAAUCCAUGUUAUGAAGAAGCUAAAAGUGCUAUAUAUGUCAAACAAUGCAGUGAAAGAUUGGGGGGAGUUCGCAAAGCUAUCAGAGUUGCCAUCACUGGUGGACCUGGUGUUUGUGGGGAAUCCUUUAGAGGAAAAACACACUGCUGAUGGCAACUGGGUAGAAGAGGCAACCAAACGUCUACCUAAAUUAAAGAAAUUGGAUGGCAACCCAGUCAUCAAACAGGAGGAAGAUGAGGGAGAAGGGGAAGGCUAGUGUUUGUAAAGUGUCUUUAUUCUUUUAAGUUAUUUUAUGUAUCUGUAAAAGUAAAAAAGAUCUCUAUUUGUAUAUACAUAUAUAAAGCAAUGUUUUGUCAAAA